AUGAACCCCGUUGCCAUGUGCCAUGUGCGUGUGAACCCCUUCCCUCCCCACGCACAGGUGUUCAACACCAUCAUCGGGGGGUCGGGGUCCAAGUUGGAGCGCGCGCUGGGAGAUGCGUUCCCCGAGGGGGAGAGGUACUUUGGGCUGGAGAACUUUGGCAACACGUGCUACUGCAACAGCGUGCUGCAGGCGCUCUACUUCUGUGUGCCGUUCCGCGAGCACCUACUGGACUACUACGCCAAGCACAAGCCAGCGAAUGAGUCCGAGGAGACUCUCCUCACCUGCCUUGCAGAGCUUUUCAACCAGAUCAACUCACAGAAGCGCAAGACGGGGGUCAUUGCACCGCGCCGCUUCGUGCAGCGAGUGAAGAAGCAGAAGGAGCUCUUUCGCAGCUACAUGCACCAGGACGCCCACGAGUUUCUGAAUUUCCUUCUCAACGAGCUCGUGGACAUUUUAGAGAAGGAGGCGCGGGCCGGCAGGGCGGAGGCAGGGAGGAUUAUCCACCCCAACCCCCCUGCUGCUGCUGCCGCUGCCGCUACUCCGGGCACCUUAACAAACGAAACCCGCUGUUUGUGCUGUGAAACAGUGACAGCUCGGGACGAGGCGUUUCUGGACCUCUCAUUGGACAUCGAGCAGAACAGCAGCGUCACCAGCUGCCUUCGCAACUUCUCCUCCACGGAGACUUUGAAUGGCAACGACAAGUUCUUCUGCGACACGUGCUGCAGGUGGGCGCUGGAUAGGGAACCUGGUGCGUGUGGAGCAGCUGGGGCGCUACAAGAAGCUCCCCUACUGGGUCGUCUUCCCCCUCCCCCUCCACCUCCACCUCCCCCUCCCGCUCCCCCUCCCCCUCCCCCUCCCCCUCCCCCCUCCCCCUCCCCCUCCCCCUCCCCCUCCCCCUCCCCCUCCCCCUCCCCCUCCCCCUCCCCCUACCUCUCCCCCUCCACAUCCGCCUCCGCCUCUCCCUUCUUGCCCUCUCACCUGAUCUUUGCUCUCCCCGUCUGUCCCUCCAUCCUCCCUUCCUCCUCCCCUCCUCCCAUCCCCCCAUCUUUCCCCUCCCCCUCACCCCUCUUCCACCCUUCACUCCCCACCCCCAGCCUGCAGGAAGCGCAGAAGCGGAUGCGCAUAAAGGUGCCUCCUCGAGUCCUGGCCCUGCACCUGAAGCGCUUCAAGUUCAUGGAGCAGCUGGGGCGCUACAAGAAGCUCUCCUACCGGGUCGUCUUCCCGCUCCACCUGCGCCUCUGCAACACCGUCGACGACGCGCCCGGCGCCGAGGCCGAGUACUCGUUGUUCGCAGUCAUCGUGCACGUGGGGAGCGGGCCAAAUCACGGGCAUUAUGUGGCUCUCGUGAAGAGCCACAGCCACUGGUUGUUUUUCGAUGAUGAGAACGUCGAGCAGAUCGAUGAGUCGCUGGUUCAGACGUACUUCGGGUCGUCGCAGGACUAUUCGAGUAACACGGAUCAUGGCUUGAGUGAGAGAAGCCGUGGCGAUGAUGACUCGGCGAAGGAGGAUCGGAUCUGGAAGGAGCUGUUAAAGCCUCUCCUGCAGCGAGCCAUGGCGAUGGGCAAGGCAAUGGUAAUCGGCCACGUGGAGCGCAGCACCUCUCGUGCAGACGGCCUCUGCGCCGCGGCUCGCUGGUUCCCCGCAUCUCGUCUCUACGCAACACCCGCCACCGCCGCCGCCGCCGCCGCUGCAGCAGCUACUGCGGGUAUCGAUCUGCUGCCACCGUUGCGCCUCGCCCACCCCUCCUCUGAUCUCGGCCUUCCGCUGACGUUCGCCAGCAGCCUGCCUUUAACCUGCAAGCUCGCUACAAUCACAUCUUCCAAUAGCCACUCGCGGAACGGCUCGCUGACGGAGAUUGACGAGAACGAGCCAAGCGCGGGCGGGUGGGAGAAUGGGGGGGAGAUUGGGGGGGAAAUUGGGGGGGAGGCUGGGGGAGAGACUGGGGCGGAGACAGGGGGGGUGCAGCGGUGUAGCUUUAGCACAGACGACGGGCUGACGCGCUACCCGUGGCACGAGGAGGAGAAGCAGCGGAGCUUCAAGGAGCGCCAGCCUCUGCCGCGCCUGCAGCACCAGCUGCUGCAGGUGCGCAAGCCCACGCUCGCCCCCGCACCAAUCCAACGCCGCUACACUCACAACGCCGACCGCCCACGCAGCACCGCCACUAGCGUUUCCAUCAACAGUAGUAUCAGCAUUGCCAGCAGCAGCAGCACUAGCAGCAGCAGCAGUAGCAGCAGUAGCAGCCUCGCCCUCACUUCGUUCACGGUUGCUGAAGCCCCUGCAGGCCCAGCCGUCGCUCCUCUCUCCUCUACGCUUCCCACUCUUUCAGACGCCCCAGUUCCUGCUGCUGAGAUUAUUAGCAAGGCAACUACAGGCCCCGUCACGGCACCCUUAGCUUCUACCCGUUCCACCGUCUCAGACGGCCCAAGUUCUCUCAUCAGGUUCCCGUCCUUCCAGGACGGUUCGGAGCACCUGGGCUCAGGUGGUGCUUCAGGUGGUGCUUCAGGUGGAAAGAGCAGAGACGUGGGGCGGGAAUCUGGGGGUUUCGAAGUUACAGAACCAGCAGCGCAGUCAGCAGCAGGUGCAGCAAGAGAGGGUGGGGUGCUAGUUGUGGCUGCUGCUGCUGCUGCUGCUGCUGCUGCUCCUUAUGCUGCUGCUGGUGGUGCUGCUGCUGCUGGUGGUGCAAGCGUGCCACGUGUUAGGAGGAACCGUCCUAGGGGCCUCAGCAGGAGCAGCAGCCUCGACAGAACCGACUUCUCCGACUGGGAAGCCGAGGCGGACGGGGGCGGAGGAGCAGUAGGAGGGGAGCGGGAGGCCAACGAGUGCAGCAGCAGCAGCAGGGCAGACGCACCUGCUACAAAUGCGCCCCAUGCAGCUGGGGUGAAAGGAGGGGGCGUUUGGGGAGCAGUGGAGGGUGAGGGAGUGGACGCUGGGAGCAGUGGUGUGGGAGUGAGUGGGAGAAGGGAGGUUGUAGAGGAGGCUAGAAGCGACGUUGGGCGCGGCGGUGUGGGAGCAGGGGGGGCGUUGGCAGCAGGGGGGUUGACAACAGGGGCGUUGGCAGCAGGGGGGUUGACAACAGGGGGGUUGACAACAGGGGGAUUGGCAGCGGGGGGGUUGCUGGGCGGGGUGAUGGCGCGCGCGAUGGCGCAGCAGCAGGGCAGGGACGCGGUGAGAGCAGGCAUGUUCUUCCGCGCUGAGCGGGAGCGCCAGCUGCGGAGCGAGCUGCGGGGCGCGGGGGGCGUGGGGGCCUUGGGCGGAGUGGGGGGAGCGCGGGGAGUGGGGGGUGUGGGUGGUGGGAGGGGAAUGGAUUCUGGGUCUCCCGCCUUGCCUGUUGUUCCGGAAGAUUCGGGGCACGCUGGCUUGGGGCAGACUGGGGGGCAGCAGGGGGCAGGGAAGCAGACAGGGGGGCAGCAGAGUGAGGGCCACUCAGGUGAAUUUCCUGGUAGGCUGGGUUUGAGUGAGGUGGAGGGCGGUGCGGGUGGGUGGAGGAAGCAGUGGGCGCAUGGGCGCUCACAUGAGAAACGGCGAGUGCGGGAGGGAGGCGAGAAGGGAGAGAAAGGAGCUAGGAGCAAGGGUGGAGUGGAGGAUAGGGGAGGAGGCGAGAGCGAGAGAGGAGGAGCAGGGGGGAGGGGAGGAGUGGAGCGGAGCAGGCAGAAGGGGCGUGGGGGGAGAAAGGCGCAGGGCUUUGAAGGGCUCAUGAUGGCUGCAGAUGCCAUGCAAGGGGGAGCAGGGGAUGGUGGGAGGGAUGACGGGGGGAAUGGCGGGGGGAAUGGCGGGGAAGGGAGAGGUGGGGGAGGGGAUGGGAGUGUAGGGGAGGGUGACAGGGGGAUGAAGAAGGCACGAAGCUUCCCGGAUAUGGGUGAGAAGGUGAGAGAAUAUGUGGGGAUGCCAGUGUAA